AAAAUCGAAACCUAGGGUUUACUCAAUCCAUGGAGGAUCCCAGUUUGAGCACCGAGCCCGAGAUGAUGGAUCUCUCUUCGUCUUGUGGAAAACGCAAGGCCGAAACGAUUUCACCGGAUGAAGGAUGCGAGGAAGAGGAGAGAAACAGUGAAAGCGAUGACCAGGUUUGGGGUUUUGAUAGUUUCGAAGGCUCAGACUAUGAGUCGCCUGAUGAGCCUCCCGAGGAUGAAGAGGAACUUGAGUUACGUCGAUACACGCGCCAUUACCACGAGAGCCAGGGUUUCAAAGUGGAUAAAGAUAAGAUGCCUAAAUAUCUUACUUACGGAUUACGCGGUCUCGAUCUGGAUGCCCACUUCUUCAAGCCAAACCUCACGGGGCGUGAGUACAUGACGAUUAUGGCCAAUGUGGCUAUUGCCAAAUACAACCAAGUAGAGAAUAAGACUGUUACGCUUGAUCAUAUCGUGAGGGUCGUGGUGCAAAUGAGCUACGGAAUCAAAGCGUAUAUUACUUUCAUGGCUAAGGAGUCUCCAGCUCAUGGAGAGCUUGUGGAGUAUCAAGCUAAGGCUGAGCGCAAGGCAUGGCAAAGAAACAUUCAUCCCAUCUUUUGCAGACCAGCUCCCUCUUAAUUUUAAGGAUUGAUGGUGUGGUUGGGCGUUCCCAAUGCCCAGGCCAGGUAGAUU